AGAUAUCCUCAUCUCUUUGGGCAUCCUCACAUAUAGCAAGCGGUAAAUAUUAAUAUACAUCCCCGAUUGUGUAUGAAAUACCGGGCGCGUUUUUACACUGAGACGUUACUAACCGUCACUAACCGUUAUAACCGUCACCUUCACGUGCGUUGAGCUUUCAGAACAGGACCUAACGUUACGGAUUGUUGUUGUUUUUUUUUUUAAUGUUUUUAAAUUCUGAUCGUUUUUGUCGUCAUUCCGUCCUCUGGUGCCAUGAACACCUCAGUGAAUGUGGGACAGCUUUACACUCAGUGCGAUCAAUUUUUAAUCCUUUAUGCGUCCGCGAAAUAAGAGCGAACACGAGAGAGACGGAUAAACCGGACGGGAAACGGGGAGAGAGAAAAAACAGGGGAAAGAAAGACAAAAGAGAAGAAAACGGGACGGUCAUAAAGGAAGAGAUGAAUGUAGGAGACGAGGUGAAGAUCUGAAGAAAGGAGAGUGGAGGAGUGAAGGUUUGUCCCUGUACGGCGGGUGUGAGUCCCGGUCUCUAAAGCUGCGGGCCUUCUUAUCCCUCCAUCCCACUGCUCCAUCAUGGCUGUAGCUCUGUGGUUGCUGUGUACCUGUGCCGUCACCCUCAGUAACAUUGCCCCCUCUGCUCAAGCGUUAAGUCGUUCCAUGAUGCCUUUUGGCUUGAUGAGGAGGGAGCUGGCAUGUGAGGGUUACCCCAUCGAGCUGCGAUGCCCGGGUAGCGAUGUCAUCAUGAUCGAGACGGCCAACUACGGACGCACCGACGACAAGAUCUGCGAUGCCGACCCUUUCCAGAUGGAGAACGUUCAGUGCUACCUGCCUGAUGCCUUCAAGAUCAUGUCACAGAGAUGUAAUAACCGUACACAGUGUGUGGUGGUCGCCGGCUCAGACGUGUUUCCUGAUCCUUGUCCGGGAACUUACAAGUACCUGGAGAUUCAGUAUGAGUGUGUGCCAUACAUUUUUGUAUGCCCGGGGACUCUGUUGAGGGUUCAGGCAGCAAGUUCACAGCAGGAGGCGGAGCAUCAGUCGGGGGCGUGGUGUAAGGACCCUCUGCAGUCAGGUGACCGGCUGUAUGUCAUGCCGUGGACGCCGUACCGGACAGACAUCCUGUAUGAAUACGCCUCAUGGGACGACUUCACCCAGAACCGCGCCACCACCACUUACAAGCUGCCCAAUCGAGUGGACGGUACGGGCUUUGUGGUGUACGACGGCGCCGUCUUCUACAACAAGGAGCGAACACGAAAUAUCGUCAAGUACGAUCUGCGCACACGUAUCAAAAGUGGCGAGGCUAUCAUUACCAACGCCAACUACCACGACACCUCGCCCUACCGCUGGGGAGGGAAGUCUGACAUCGACCUGGCCGUGGACGAGAACGGACUGUGGGUCAUCUACGCCACCGAGAGCAACAAUGGCCGCCUGGUGGUCAGUCAGGUAAACCCAUAUACACUUCGUUUCGAGGGCACGUGGGAGACGAGUUUCGACAAGCGGCUGGCGUCUAAUGCCUUCAUGGCGUGCGGCGUGCUGUACGCAGUGCGCUCCGUCUACCAGGACGACGACAGCGAGGCCGGCGGUGAUCUAGUGCUGUACGCCUACAACACCAACCGCAACCAGGAGGAGCCUGUGCACAUCAUCUUCCCAAACCCCUACCAGUACAUCUCAUCCAUUGACUACAACCCCCGUGACAACCAGCUCUACGUGUGGAACAACUACAACGUGCUGCGCUACCCACUGGAGUUUGGACCGCCCGACCCCACCACAGGGCCACUGGUCACCACACAGACUUCUAGCACCACACCAUCCCGGUCCUUCUCGUCUACCUCCAGCCCAUCCACCAUGCGCCCUCUACCUGCCACUUUUCACCCCAUCGGUGCCAUAAACAAAGCCCCGGAACUGCGCCCCAUCACCGCUACGGUGCCUGUUACCCGCCGCCCACCACGCCCACGACCACGCCCACCCCAGGAGCCCGAGCUACAGGAGGGGUGUGACCCCAGCAUAGCACGAAGCAUCCAGUGGCCCAGCGCACAGAGGGGCGAGACGGUGGAGCGACCCUGCCCUAAAGGUUCUCUUGGCAUUGCAUCUUUCCAGUGUCUGUCCUCUCCAGUUCAGUGGAACCCACGAGGUCCUGACCUCAGUAACUGCACCUCUCCCUGGGUCAACCAGGUGGCCCAAAAGAUAAAGAGUGGUGAGAAUGCAGCGAACAUUGCCAGUGAGUUAGUGAACCACACGCGGAGUCGAAUCCACGCCGGAGACGUCAGCUCAUCUGUUCGUCUCAUCGAGCAGCUGCUGGACAUCCUGGAUGCUCAGCUUCAACCUCUGAGACCUGGGAACAAAGAGUCGGCCACCCGCAACUACAACAAGCUACAGAAGAGGGAGAGGACCUGCCGAGCUUACAUUCAGGCUGUGGUUCAGACAGUUGAUAAUCUGCUGCGUGUGGAAGCUCUGGAUGCCUGGAGGGACAUGAACAGCAGUGAGCAGGCUCACACUGCCACAAUGCUGCUGGACAUUAUGGAGAAAGGAGCCUUCCUGCUCGCAAAUAACAUGUACGACACACGCUUCAGUGACCACGCACCCAACAUCGAUCUGGAGAUUCACAUACUGAACACAGACAUGGAUCCACAGGAUUUGGCCUUCCCUCAGAGGAGCUCCAGUGAAAGCAGCAUCCUUCUGCCUGCAUCCACUGUCAAACAGUACAGUCGCAAUGGUCAGGUGAAGGUUGUGUUUUUGCUCUAUAAGAAUCUGGGAUUGUUCCUCUCCACUGAGAACGCCACCGUGAAGAUGGAGGUGGAGCCAGGGCCUGGGCCAGGACCUGGGGGGCGGAGCUUAGCUGUCAACUCACACGUCAUCGCUGCAUCCAUCAACAAAGAGUCGAGCAGAGUGUUUCUAACUGUGCCAGUGGUGUACACCUUGAGACACCUGCAGCUGGAGAACCAUUUCAGCCCGAACUGUUCGUUCUGGAACUACUCGGAGCGCUCGAUGACGGGUCAGUGGUCGUCUCAGGGCUGCAAGCUGCUGGACACCAACAGCACACACACCACCUGCUCCUGCUCUCAUCUCACCAACUUCGCUGUGCUCAUGGUGCAGCACGAGCCUAGUUACCAGGAUCAGAUGCACGAGGUUCUGCUGGUUGUGAUCACGUGGGUGGGGAUCGUCAUCUCACUGGUAUGUCUGGCCAUCUGCAUCUCCACCUUCUGCUUCCUGAGAGGUCUGCAGACAGACCGCAACACCAUCCACAAGAACCUGUGCAUCAACCUCUUCAUCGCAGAGCUCCUCUUCCUCAUUGGCAUCAACAAGACGCAGUACCAGAUCGCGUGUCCGAUCUUUGCCGGCCUGCUGCACUUCUUCUUCCUGGCUGCUUUCUCGUGGAUGUGCCUGGAAGGUGUUCAGCUCUACCUGAUGCUGGUGGAGGUGUUUGAGAGCGAGUAUUCCCGAAAGAAGUACUACUACCUGUGCGGCUACUGCUUCCCGGCGCUGGUGGUCGGCAUCUCAGCAGCCAUCGACUACCGCAGCUACGGGACCAAGAAAGCGUGCUGGUUGCGGGUUGAUAACUACUUCGUGUGGAGCUUCAUCGGCCCCGUGUCCUUCAUCAUCAUGCUGAACCUGGUGUUCCUGAUGGUCACGUUACACAAGAUGGUACGCAACUCGUCUGCCCUCAAACCCGACUCCAGCCGUCUGGACAACAUCAAGUCCUGGGCUCUCGGCGCCGUCACUCUGCUCUUCCUCCUCGGCCUCACCUGGGCUUUCGGUCUCCUCUUCAUCAACGAGAAGACAGUCAUCAUGGCGUACCUGUUCACCACCUUCAACGCCUUCCAGGGCAUGUUCAUCUUCAUCUUCCACUGCGCACUGCAGAAAAAGGUCCAUAAGGAGUACAGUAAGUGUUUGCGUCACUCAUACUGCUGUGGACGCUCGUCUAACUCCAGCUCUCACGGCUCACUGAAAAACUCUGCACUGCGCACCAACAACCGUUAUUACACCAGCAGCCAGGCCCGACACGCUGCAGCACACAGACAGAGCCGAAUCCGUCGCAUGUGGAACGACACGGUGAGGAAACAGACUGAGUCGUCCUUCAUGGCAUCAGACAUCAACAGCACUCCUACCCUCAAUCGCGCCCCCAUGGGGAAUCACCUGUUGGCAAACCCUGUGUUGCAGACGCGUACAGGUUCUUCACCGUACAACACUCUGCUGACUGAGAGCUUCACUCCUCCAUCACCAGGAGUCUUUAACUCCACUGGAACCUUCCGUGAUCCAAAGAGCACUCUAGCCAGGAAUCGGGACCAUGGAGGAAUGGAGACACUGCCACUGAAUGGCAAUUUCAACAACAGCUACUCGCUGCGUGCGGGAGUUGCCGGGCCAGGUGGACAAGGUGGCAGCUGCGACUUCCUCGGGGGUGGGUCCGAUGAGAGUCCACCUCCUUUGUUGAAUCCGCGUGGCACGGAGACGCUGGGAGGGAUCCGGCGCAACCUCUCUGACGCAGCCGCAUUUGAGAAGAUGAUCAUUUCUGAGCUAGUGCACAACAACCUGCGACAAGGAGGCGGGGAGAGAAUUGGUGGUACCCUUGUGCGAGGACGUACGACCGGUGUCGGGGUUGGUACAGGGGCAGGGGCAAGUGCUGGGGCUGUAGUCGGAGUGACUGCUGUGGAACAGGAAGCAGAGGAUGAGGGCCAGCGGCACAGGACACCACAAGAUGUGGAGCUGUUAUACAAAGCUCUGGAGGAGCCGUUGCUCCUGCAGCGUGCCCAGUCGGUUCUCUACCAGAGCGAUGCUGAGGAGAGUGAGAGCUACAUGAACGACUCAAACGAGAGCCACGGGCACAGUGCAGCCGCCACAGGCGCUGGCACAGGUCCGGAUUCACCCGCCCGGGACUCGCUGUACACCAGCAUCACCAACCUGCGAGACUCACCGUACCCAGACAGCAGCCCCGACGAGCUCUACUACAGCUCGGGCAGACCUGCACUGGGCAGCGCCAUGCACACCUUCUACCCAACUCCCCAGACGAGGCCUGGAGCCGACACCCAGACCCACGCCCACACCCACAAUCCCCCCGAACCUCCACAUGCUGAGGGGGAUGGACAGAUGCAGCUGGUCACCAGCCUGUGACUGCGACUAAACCCCAGUCUCUCACACCCAUUCCGUUUCUGUUCCUUUCUCUCGGUUAGCCAGUUUGGAAGUGUAAAAAGAGAGAAGUCUUAGCUCGGGUGUCAGUGGCAGCAGGUUCUAUAAGGCAGCUCUGGAGCAAACCUAGUUCAUACACUCCCUUGGUUUAGUCACUAGUCCAAAGCUCUCUCAGCAACUGAGAAUAUUUUCAACCAUUCCCCGUGGAUUUUUUUUGGUGAUACCUCUUCUGUUUUUUUUUUUUUUUUUUUAAAAAUUCUUAUCAUUUCCACAGUGGUUUCCUUUCUGAUUUUACUCCCGUUUCUCCUCCCUUUUCUCGUGUAUUAAGAGCUGUAUAGAAGAGGGUUCACCGUUGCGCGUCAGUGUGCAAAGAACGCUCUCUGUCUCGCUCUGAAAGCUCUUCAGUGUUGCCAAAAAUACAUUUUUUGAGCCAGAACACAAACUGGAACACAGAAACACACAAACACAAGUGCACAAACAUUAGUGCUUGUUACUGAACUUUAGACCGUGAAGAACUGCACUCAUGAAAGCAGCAGCAGGAAGAAGCUGCCCCUGUGGAGUUGCCUUUAUUCCCUUUCUCCCUCUCUCUCUCCCUCUCUCUUUCUCUCUCUCUCUUUCUCUUGCUCUUUCUCCAGAUGGACUCUGAUGUACAGGACUCUGAACGAGACUUGACACAACUGCACCUGGCCACAGGACUUCUAUUUGAUGCUCAAUUUCAAUGCUCAGCCCCGUGGAUUACAGACUUCGGGUGCGUCCUCUGUGUUACUGGGGGCUUGAAGAACUUUUUUUUUCUUUUCUUAAAGGUUUUCCUGGGUGUUCUCUGAGCCUAUUAAAAUGCCUGUACAUACGAACCUUGAAAAACAAUAACACCAAACCUAGCGCCAUUCCUAUUCUGUAAAUAGAGACCAGAUGAACAAAAGCAACAAAAAAGUAUGAACUACUAUAAGAGCGAUUUCUUGUAUUGAGACAAAAAAAAAAGUGAGAAAAAUUAAAAUAAAGACAUUUGGGAGUUUAAAUGACAGUCAGUCCAUCGCUCCCUCCUUGCUCCAUUCACUCUCAGGCUCUCAUUUACCCCUGCCCCAUUGAAUUGUGGGAAAAAUGUGUUGACAGAGAGAGAAAGAGCUAGAGAGAGACAGGAAAAAAGAAAGAGAGGGAAAGUUUGUGCAGAAAUAAAGAAACUAGUAAGAAGAAAAACUAGCCCCGGCACAAUUUUAUGUAUUAUAACCCAUCCUUAUCGAUUUGACAGGUUUCAUGA